UUUUCUGUUUCCAGUCUUCAAGAUUACGAGUUAUUUAAGUUAUCAUCACUGUUAUCAGCUCUAUUUGAGUUUUGAAGUUUUGUGUUUUGACAAUUCAAAAUUGAGUAUUGAAUUAUUAUUAAUCUUGAAUCUUGAUCAUAUUUAAUUUUUUUUUUAUAGUUUCAUGUUAUAUUUUAGUGAAACGAUUGAAUUAUGUUGAAAGUUUUAACAUCGGUUCCGAAAGUAAGCCGUCCAGCCAUUAGAGGUUUUCAAUGUAAUUUUAACUCAUGCAGAUUUGUAUCGAAUUUGCAACAUAGUCAAACACUACAAUUCACCCGUUGGACUAAGCCAUCAGUACAGUAUCCAUCACGUUUUCUCUUUAUUCGCUUAUGUCAUGCAAAACCACCAGAGUUGACUCCUCGUGAAAAACUGAAAAUAGCUGCUAAAGAAUACGGUUCAGUAUUGAUUGUGUUUCAUGUUGGAAUAUCAUUAAUUUCAUUAGGUUCGGUAUAUUUUUUCAUUUCUAAUGGUGUCGACGUCCAACAAUGGAUUGGAUGGAUGGGUUUGUCAAGUGCAAAUGAAAAUACUAAAAUUGUAGCUGGAGCAAGUCAGUUUAUCAUUGCAUAUGCCAUACAUAAAUCUUUUGCUCCAGUACGCAUUUCAAUAACACUUAUAUCUGUGCCAUUAAUUGUACGAUACCUUAGGACAAAAGGAAUAAUGAAAAUAAAAAAAUAAAUAUUAAUUAAGAGAACCUAUGUAAUUGUGUAAAUAAUUAUUGUAUUAUUAUGGGUUUUAAAGUGUAUUGUUAAGAAAAAAUGACAUUUAAAAAAAUUAUUUUUAUAUUUGUAUAAAUCGUUUAAACUGUGAAAUAUUGUUGAAAAUUUUUGAAAAAUAUUAUAUUGUAUAAAAAAUUAAGAUAAUUAUAUUUUAUAACAUACAUAUUUUAGCAAUUUACUCAAUAAAAAAAAAAAAAAAUGGUCAAGGUUAUGUAAAGUAAAAUUAUUUGGAAGUGAUAUUUUAUACAUUUUUUUUCAAUGUGUCACUAAAACUAGAUGUAAAUUAUACUUAUUAUUUGGUCUUGUCUUAAUAUUUAUAUCCAAAUCAUGUUUGUAUCAAUUAAAUUCAUGUUUAAUUUAGUAUUGAAAAAUUAACAUAGGUAAUGUUAAUUUGUUAAUUGAUAAAAUGUAUAGGCAUUCAUACAUUUAUUUAAUAUAUUUUAAAUUUCUAACCUAGCUCAUGUAUAGGCAUACAUUAGUUAAGAUUGGCCACAGUAUCUAUGAAAAUCAAUGGCCCAAUACAAUCAACAUGUAGUUGGGUAGGAUAGAGUAAUACUUUAUGGUCGAUAUAAUGUCUGUAUGUUAUAUGGUAUAUUGUAUGUGUAUACAUGGUUUGCAUUUAGAGUAACCUCAGCGGACAUGAUUUGCAUUAUACAAUUUCCAAAAAAAUAAAAGUGAUGGUUGGUUUGUUAAUAGUAGAAUUUUCUGGGAAAUGUUUGAUAAUACUAAUGUAAUAAUUUUUCCACAAAUAACAUUAGGUAACGUUUAUUUUAUUGAACUUACACUAAAGUUAAUUUUCUAUUUUAAUGCAUUAAUAUGUUAUUCAUAUUGUUUAAUGAAUAAGUAAGUAUAACGAUUCUAUUCUGGUUCAAAGAUGCUGCUUUUUUAUAGCUUUUAGUGAGUUAUAGCAAUAAGUUUAUCAUUAUACAUUUAUAUUUAUGAAUUUAAACAUAAAUGUUUAAUUUAUUAAUGUUUAUUUUUAGUAUAACUCAACUAUUAUUAUUAUAUUAUAUUCAUAAUCAUCUUAAAUUUGAAUUAUAUUUUAUUUUUUAGAUUAAUUACUAUAAUAUACUGCAAUUUAAGAAAAAGUUUUGUUUAACAUAUAAGCAGGGGUGUUCCCAAAAGGUAUACUACAUAUACGCCGUAUACUCUCAAGAUUUUUUUUCAAUAUUAUGGGUAACUGCGUAUACCCAUAAAUCCAUAAUACAUGCGUAUUUGAUGAUAUAGUAUACUCUCAAAAAAAUUCAUGGGAACACCACUGCAUAUAAGAUAGAUAAUAUUGGUAAGAAUUUUCACAGGGAAACAAAUAGAGCUGUUUAAGGAAAAUAAGCUCAUACAUGAGCGUCAUGAGCUAGUCAAGGGAGGGAUAAUGACUUUAAUUUAUUCACAAUAAAUUAUAAUAAAUGUAAAUUCAAAUGUAAGGUUGGUAUAUAAAUAGAUAAAAAAAAAGAUUACUCACGAA